AUGGAGCCUCUCACCUCACUACAGAAGGCCUUGCCUUACUCAGGAGAGACCCCGCCUGCAUCAGGAGAAGCAUCCCCGUCAGAAGAGCAACCCCCGCUGGAGCCUCCCAAGACAGGCAUCGCCAAUCUCCCGAACGAGCUGUUGUCGAUGAUCUGCGAACUCCUCAUCCCUAUAAACGAAAGAGGCACGUGGAAGUCAAAGCUCGACACGGUUGACACAACAAAACAAAUUUACAUCUUGAAGGAUUAUAACCGUAUGGCCCUGCGCGGUUUCGCUUUGUCCUGCAAGCGGCACCGCAAAGUAGCCCUCUUCCAUCUCCGGGGCAGCAUCGUUGUUCCCGACUUCGGAUCAGCAUCCCACCUCGUGUCGAUUCUACGACGCCUCAACAAGAGUUCUGUCUCCGCCCAGCACACUCAACGGUUGUGCAUCUCGGUAGCCGACAAUGCUUCGAGCUUCGAGUCGUUCCGCAACGUCUGGACGCCCUUCUGGGCGGUCGGCAAUGUCUCGAAGAGCUUGAAAAGCGAUCGAAAGAUCCAAGACGACUGCUCUUUCGUGACGGAACUCGCACAGGCUUCGGGUCGACCGGUCCCAGCACUGAUUCCUAUGCGUCCAAGUCGUGAUGCGCAAAGGGCAUCCUGGGCAGCCUUGCACGGUCUGCUCACCGUGCUCACGAUGGACAGGCUGCCGAACCUGAGGGAGCUGACGCUAUCGCUGCCGCCCAUGGUCGCGGAGGAGAUCGUCAAGACUUUCGGUGCCGCAAGUCGCGCAACGCCGGCGCCGGCACUGCCGACGCUCGAGGCGAUCCGGAUAGCCUUUAGAGCAUGGUAUCGCAGCGACGACUACGUAGGUUUCGAGCGCCUGAGUUCGACUGCUGUCGCGAGUCUGCUAGCCCUGGGAGAAAAUGUGUCUGAGCUGUAUUUGCAGGACUGCAACGUCUCCGGGGCGGAGUACACACGCGCGCUUGGGCGCUUACGGUCCGUAACUCUCAAGAGGGUAACGUUGACGGCGGACGACUUGCAAAGGCUGUUUGGUGGUUGUCAAGAAUUGACGCACUUUGCCUUCUUGGCGAGGAACGCAACAAGACCUCCUGAAGGUUUCUUGGAGAGAAGACCAAUGGCUCCGGAUAUCGUUGCUGUGUUGAAAAAAAGCUCCCGGACACUUCGCUCGUUGUGCAUAGAUACCCGUUAUCUCGGCGUGGAUGAUAUACUCCAAUACGAGACUCCCUUGGAGAUGGGUGUCUUCGAGUGUCUAGAAAAGCUCUGGAUUGACAUUCGCAGCGUCGACUGCCCAAUCGGUGGCUGCAGCCGAGCGAGGCGUAGGACCUUCUUCACAACUCUUCCGCAAACUUUGAGGAGGCUUCACUUGGAUGGCUUCGCAUUUGGAUAUGGCCUGUUGAUGAACUUGCGGGAAUUUGCGGUUAGUCUUUCACGGGAGCGUCAUAGUCUAUUGACCGAGGUGGCGGCCGAAUGCUUCCAUCAUUGGGCGGUGCGCGAAGGCCAGGAGAUUCUCCAGAUUUUCCAGAGCUCUGGUGUGACGGUGCUUCCGCAUGCUUGCAAGGAGCCGGUGCUGUGGUAA